UGAGAAUCACUGACACGAUAUAUAUCGAACGACUAUCUCGUGGGAAUAUAGGUUCUAUGUUCACACCAGUGUAGUUGACAAUUAAACUUCGACAAGUAAAGGCGUCGUAUUUACGCUUUUAUAAAAAUAAGAAAAUAAAGGAAACACACUUUAUAUACAAGUCAUAUUUACAAAAUAUUAAGUUCCAUAAGAAUAUAGUGUUGAAUAAAAGAUACAUUUGGCCGGCUCAGCGAUGGUGGAUUACAGCAAAUGGAAAGAUAUUGAGAUUUCAGACGAUGAAGAUGAUACUCAUCCGAAUAUUGAUACACCAUCAUUAUUUAGAUGGCGUCAUCAAGCAAGACUGGAAAGAAUGGAAGAAAGGAGACGUGAGCAAGAGGAACAUGAAAGAAAAAAAACAGAAACUCGACAAAAGUUGAAAGAAACAGAAGAAAAAAUUAAAAAGUUAGAAAGUGAACAAAAAGGAGCAGAUUUAACUGAGUUAAAAAAUAUUUUGCAAGAUCUUGAAAAACAAGAGAUGAAGAUUAAAGAAGCAGAAGAGGAGAUGAAAAAAAAAGAGAAGUUAACACCUUGGAAUGUUGAUACUAUUGGUCAGGAUGGAUUUACAAAAACAGUGAUUAAUAAGAGACUACCAUGCAAGGGAGAUGACAAUGGUUUGUCAGAUGAAGAAAAAGAAAAGAAAAUGAAAGAAUUUGUAAAAGAAAAUGAAAAGAAGUUGAAAGAAUUUGGUAUGCUGGGAAGGUAUGAAGAUAGUAAGAAAUUUUUACAAGAUAAUCCUCAUUUAGUGUGUGAAAAUACAGCAAAUUACUUGGUUAUUUGGUGUAUUAAUCUAGAAAUAGAAGAAAAACAUGAUUUAAUGGAACAUGUUGCUCAUCAAUGUAUAUGCAUGCAAUGUAUUUUGGAAUUAUCAAAACAAUUAGAUGUUGAUCCAAGAGCAUGUGUAGGUUCCUUUUUCAGUCGUAUUCAGAAUGCUGAAUUAGAACAUAGAAAUUCUUUCGAAGAUGAAUUAAAAGCAUUUAAAGAAAGAAUACGUAAGAGAGCUGCUGAAAAAGUAGCAGAUGCUCUUAAAGAAGCUGAAGAAGAGGAGAAAAAAGCACGUCGAGGUCCAGGUGGCCUUGAUCCUGUUGAAGUAUUUGAAAGUCUACCAGAGCCUUUACAAAAAUGCUUUGAAAGCCAGGAUCAUGCUUUAUUGCAAAAAACGUUAGCAGAGAUGCCACAAAAAGAAGCUUUUUAUCACAUGAAACGAUGUGUUGACAGUGGUCUUUGGAUACCGGAUUCAAAAUCUAAGGAAUUAAUAGACGGAGGAGUUCCUGUGGACGAUACAAAAGAAACCUCGGCGGUCAAUCCUGAAUAACGCGUGUUUGUAAAUUACAUGUGUUGAUUUUCAUGUCUCAUUUAUGCAAGUAUAUAUAUUCUUCAAUACUAUAAAUAUGUUACAAUAAAAUAUUGUCAUUCGACAAUGAACACAAAA